AUGGAAAGCAAGCGCAAGGCAAACGGCCAUUCGGCCACAGAGAACGAUGACCGAUCGGCGAAACGUCGCAAGUUGGCGGAGUUCGAUCUCUCCAAGGGCGAAACUCGCGAGUCGACCACGGCUUAUGGCAUGGCCUUUCUCGAGCAAAUACGUCGCACUGCUGAUAAGAGUGGACGUCUGGUUGCGACAUACUUUGAGAACUUGCUCCCUCGCGAAGGAAAUGCAGACUAUUACAAGCGGACUCGCAUGCCCAUUUGCCUCACCGCCAUCGAAGACAAGCUCAACAAGGGCGAUUUCAAGAACCUGUCAGAACUAGAAAGCUAUUUCAAGCGGAUGAUUGCCAAUGCAAAAGAGUUUUAUCCACGCUCGUCGGCUGUUUUUGACGAUGCAGAACGAGUUCGCAAAGCUUUGAGCAACUACAUGACCAAGACAAACCCGGCAUAUCAAACGCGUGGCUAUCAGGCGGUUCCAACACCUCUGCCGCCUGAAGAUGGUGAAGAAGUAGAGGAGGAGGAGGAAGCUGACGAGGACGCAGAGGGUGAGGAGCAAGAAGCUGAAGAGCAACCAGCUGAGGAGGAUAAUGUAGAAGACGACGAGGAAGAAGAGGAAGAAGAGGAGGACGACGACGACGAAGAAGAAGACGAAGAACCAGCAUCAAGGCGCAGGUCGAUCAUCAUCAAACGGUCCAGAGGUAGGCCAUCAAGAAAUUCGACAUCUCAAACCAACACUCCGCGACGAAACAGGGCAUCGGGUCGCUCCGACCGCGAAUACCACAAUGUGCCAUUUAAGGGCUUGAGCUUUCAGCAAGCUCAAGAAAAGAUGGUCGAGGACCUUCUACGUUAUAAGGAGCCAGAGUACGAGGGAUACUUUGAGCCCUUUGUUAAUUUGCCGCCCCGCGCGCUGAGAGACUACUACCGAGUCAUCACCGAUCCUCUGUCGCUGAAAAAGCUUCAGAAGGAAGUUCUGGGUGUCCAAGGCCGUGGCGAUCCUACAGGCAUCAGCGACUUCAAGAGCUGGAGCGCUCUUGCGGAAAGGGCCAAGCUUCUGUGGACGAACGCAUACUUUUACAACGAAGAAGGCAGUGAAAUCCAUGACCUGGCCCAGGAACUUGAGAAAGCAUUCAAUGAGUUGUUGAAAAAGGCAAAGGCGCGUUCAGGAACCCGCUCAGCCCAAGAUCAAAUUGAAGCGCCACAGACAGCACAGUCUAUUGAAUCCCCUGCUGCGAGUUCUCAGGUCAACGGCACGCCACGGCAGCCUGCCCUUGAGGCCGCACGAAGUGUCUCGGUGUCGGUGCCAUCACCCAGCCCAUCAACCCAUACCGCUCUCAAAGCCGAAGAAAGUGCGCGUAUGUCACCAGCGGUUCUCGCCCAAACACCAGGAGGGCCACUCCCUGGGCCACCAACUCCCGUGGUUCAAGCUCCUCCCGUGGCAGCACCGCCUCCUGGACCUCCACAGAUACAGUCCACGAACCCAAUGGCAAAUGGUUACGUAGAGCCAAAGCGACUGCGCGCCCCAGGAAAGAGUAUCAAGGACGCCCUCCUUUCGAGGCUUCGAAUUCAACUCCAUCCCAGCGUGCACACCAGCGAUCCAGUCCUCCUCGACGUUCUUCCCCUACCCCAUGAAAUGCAGCAAUCUGGAACUGUCAAUCUCAACGCCAACAUCAACCGCGUCUUCAUCGUCCCCAUGCUGCCAGACCUCCUGCAGGACCGCCAAUACUGUCUUUGGGUUCUCAUUGACAAACAACCCCUAAAGCCUUGCCACCAACCAAUCCCCAAUCAACUCCCCCAGGAACGGGCAUUUGACGUCAUGCUUCACCCAGGAGUUAACACCAUUGAAGCACAUGUCAUUUCUGCCAUUCCUCGCCAUGAGCGGGUCCCAGGCGGCCCCGAGGUUGAACUAGAAGUCUUCACAGCUUAUGUUAAUGUGCUGCGGAAUUAA